CGGCGGCGGCCCCCAAGAGCCGAGCGCGGCCGGACUCCAUCUCCCAGGGGGCAGCGCGGCGGGGCUGCGGCUCCCUGCCGGUCCUGGACUCUUGGGCCCUUGGAGCCCUAAUGGGCGCCGGAAGCGGGGCGGUUCCUCCCAGGCCCGGUCGCGGCGCCCCUUGCCGGCACCAUGGACGCCCUGCCCGUCACCUCCGGGGAGCUGCUGGGCCUGGCCUCCAGCCUGGCCUUCUCCGGCCUCUUCUAUUACCUGUACAGGAAGAAGGCCAAGGCGCUGGCUCGGAUCCAGGAGGCCCCGAAGCUUCAGGUAGACGAUGGUCUGCCUGACCUGCUGUCUGCCACCAGUGGCCAGUGCCUGCAUUAUGUUGCCUUAGAAGGGAUUGUCCUGCCAGCAAAAGCAGCCCUAUCCAGCCAGCACCACGAGGAGCUGCAGGGAGUGAUCCAGAAACUAGUUCUGAAGGAGCAUCGACUGAUCUGGAACAGCCUAGCCCGGAGUUGGAAUGAAAGUGAGCGGGUGGUUUCGGAGCAGGUGUACACGGUGCCCUUUGCCUUGGCAUCCCCCAGUGCUGAGGCAGUGACACGGGUGAGUGUAGAGAGCCCUCUACGGGCUGUCCGGCUGCCCCUGGAGACCGUGUAUGAGCGCUUCCAGCACCCAACCCACGGCUUCAAAGACCUGAUCAGUCACUACCUGAGCGGGGAGAAGCCCAAGGGCCUCCUGGAGACAGAGGAGAUGCUGCGAGUGGGGGCAAGCCUGACUGGCAUCGGGGAGCUGGCCAUGCACCCAGAUGGGACCCUCCAUCUGCAGCCCCCAGCUGAUGGGUCCAGCUACUUUCUGCACCUGGGGGACUGGCAGACGCUGCUGGCGGAGAUGGAGUCAGUGAGCAGCUUCUGGAAGGGGGCAGCAGUGCUGUGUGGCUUGACAGGCGUGGCGGUGAUCCUGUAUGCCCUCUGCCAGGCCUAUCAGCAGCGCCGGCACAAGCAGGAGCAGGAGGAGCAGCGGCGGGAGUUCGAGGCCCUGUGGGGCAACGGGGACAUUGCAACUGAGUCUGGGGAGGAUGCAUCGGAGGACGCCUGCAUCAUCUGCCUUACACGGCCCCGCGAGUGCGUCCUGCUAUGCUGCGGCCAUGUCUGUUGCUGCUUCCGCUGCUACGAGGCUCUGCCUAGCCACACCUGCCCCAUCUGCAGGAGCCCCAUAGACAGGGUAGUGCCUCUCUACCAGGCCUGAGGGGGAGAAGGGGCUUCAAAUGGUACCAGAGCAAGAGCAGUGGAGUCCCUGGCACUAGGCAGCACCACUGUGCCCAUAAAACCCCAGCAACUUGGGGGGGCAGUGUGAGAACCACAAGGGGUUAACCCCAGCAGCUGAGGGAGCAGUGUGCAAGCAACAAGUGUGUGGUGACUUGGGAUGUGAGCUCACAACCCUAGGGUGGGGGGAAUGCUGCAAGCACCGCCUCCUAGGCUGGGUUUGGGGGUGUGCUCAUGAGCCCCCUCUUCAGUGCUGGUCACAUGGUGAUUGGAGUACGUGGCCUGAAUUAGCAUCACUCAGCACGAAGCUCUUGCUGAGUUUCCCCCCACAAGCCUCAUAGCGUGUCUGUUCCCAGCAGUCCCAGCUCUGCUAGGAGAGUCUGGCGGGAAUUAAUUUCCUCCAAGUCUCUUCCUGGGCCCGGCCUUCUCAGCGCUGACCCCAGGGAGAGGCCGACUGGAGCCCAGCAGGCCUGCGGUGCAAUGCUCCCUCAGUGGCUGGGGAUGCAGUUUGGACACAGUGGUUUUGCUCCUGUGAAGGGGCCAGAUUUUACACUAGAGUUUAUUUUUCUAGCACGUCUUUGUCACUGCUGUCCAGCUAACGUGCUGGGGAGAGGCUGGCAGAAGCUGUGGGAGGAGACAGGAGGUUCAGGGUAGUUUGGGGCUGAGAGGGCCCGGGUGAGGGGGCAGCAUGCAUUGCACAACCAAACAGCCAGGGUUGGUGCCUCCUGUGCCCGAUUUCCUCUGACUAGGCCCAUGCAGCACGUUACACAGGCAGCAGCAGUUUGUGGUGUUUGUGUGGGGCGGGGGGAUGUUUGUCUUCCCCUCAUGGUUUCCUGCGUGAGGGUAUCGAAUUGAAGAGGCUUCCCCUGUGAGUGAGGCCGGCAGCCGGGGCCCUGUGCCUCCCUCACCAUCCAACUCCUGAACCCCCUUUACACCCACAAGUGGGAGUUUGCGGCAGUGCCACAGCUGAAGCAUGGGAGGGUGGAUUGCAGCAGCCCCGGCUCCCAACCACCCCCAGCUGUUGGAUCCCAGGAGGAGGACAGCCCUCUGCUCCCCUGCUUAAGCUGGAGGACUUAGAGGAGCCACAGUGGAGGCCCUCCCCAAGGAUUGGGGUGGCUUAUGUUUGGCCCCCCAAUUAAAGCGCAGGUGGAAGUCUGCCUGCAAACCCUGGGCUGCCUGACUGGAGCGCUGCCUUCCUGCCCAGCUCCCAGGACGUGCCAUAGCUGCAAGGGGGACUCACUGAAUCAAUGUUGGUCAUUAUUUAUAAAGAGACGGCUCAGAGGC